UGUAUAUUCGGCAACCCUCGGCACCUCCCCCCGGGUACUGCCGGUGUGAUUCUACACGGACAACUACUAGUAGAUAUAUAUAGUUCAUGGCCUGAUUCUGUUCGGGUUACGAGAUACCAAGAAAGCCACCCCACUUCAGUUUUUUACAACGUGAUUAUUGAUAUUUAAACGAUAUGCAUGACCUUCAGAAUACAUUCUCCUUGUGCUUCCGAGGACGAAAUCCUCAAUACCUGCAGCAAGACACAAUGGAAUCCUCAAAAUCCACGUCUGAUAUUGCUAUUGUUGGCGCAGGAAUUGUGGGGUCCGCGCUGGCUUAUUUCUUAUCACAGACCGAUAAAAAAGUGGUUCUCAUCGAUCGGUCAUUUUCAGAGUUGAAAGGCUCGACAGGUCAUGCUCCCGGGUUUGUUGGUCAAUUCAAUGAAUCCGAGGUUCUCACACACCUCGCCAUUGAAACCGUGAGAGAAUAUACGAAGGUACCCGGAGGAUUUGAUGUUGUUGGAGGUCUUGAAAUUGCUACUAGCUGUGAAGGCGUCGACCGGUUAAGAUCGAGAUGUGAGAUGGCGAAGAGGGCUGGACUCUCCGCCGAAUUGAUAUCCUCCGGGCAGGCAACUAGUCUAGCCCCAGAUCUGGUCAAUGACGACAACCAAAUAGCCUUGUACUUUCCUGGUGAUGGUGCUGCGAACGCUGUCAGAAUAACUUCGUUUUACCAGGAAAACGCACGAGCUAAGGGCGUCGAACUCAUCGAAGCAGACGUUACCGAAAUCCAACAGGCCAAUGGCUGUGUGAAUGGUGUGAUGACCACAUCGGGGCUCAUCCCGGCGAAGAAGGUCAUUAUUGCCACAGGAAUAUGGGCAACCCACCUUUCCAAGUUCGACAUUCCAAUUCCGAUCGUACCUGUCGCGCAUCCAUAUAUGUAUGGCGAGCAUCACACCCCAAAAUUACGCAAGGCACCUUGGGUGAGAUGGCCACAGCAUCAUGUAUAUGCUCGUGAUCAUGGUUCUUUCUUCGGCUUGGGCUCUUAUGAUCAUGCCCCGGUUCUCAAUGAGCCAAGGGACACUGCUAUUGGUGACUGGAUUGGGCAAUUCGAUGACACAUUAAGCCAAGCCAUGCGUUUCAUACCGGAGGAGACGAAGCUCGUCCCUAGAGAACGAUUCAAUGGUAUAUUCUCAAUGACGCCGGACAAUAUGCCGUUGGUAGGAAGUAUCCCCUCUAUUGAGGGUCUAUACAUGGCAGCGGCGGUGUGGGUUACCCAUGCAGCUGGAGCAGCAAAGUUCUUGGCUCAAAUCCUGGAAGAACAGCCCGUCGAUGAUGCUAUCAGGCGGGCUCUGGAUCCUACUAGGUUCCAAGGAAGAGACAUGGCAAGCUUGACACAAGAAUCUCUCAAUGGUUACAACAACAUCUAUAAGACAGAGGCGAGCGGUGCACCAAGGGUGUGACUUACCUUCUGAAGGGAACGUGUUUAUCACUUAUGUUGGAGACAGCUAGAUGUGAGCCGCUGGCUGUUUUACAGCAUCUUCACGCAUAUUGCAGACGUCCUUCGAAAUCAUGUUCUCAAAUAAAUUAACCGAAAGUUCAUGCCCAUACUGUAUCUAUCUCAUUUCUCAACUCUAUAUAUUGAUCUCGUUUACAAAUAAGAUACCAAUGACUUCACCGUUCGAA